CCCUUUUUUUUUUUUUUUUUGUGGCUGGAAUCAGUCAUGCGUGAAGCUGGGAGCUCUGAUUCAGAGGGAACGCGGUGGCUUUAGCCCGGCACCAGGGAGCAAAGGUCCCCACAGUCUUACUUUGCUUUCCGACGGAAGAAAGAAGGAGAAUUCGGGGCAAGUUUCCAGCCAGUCUACCCUACUGGGAGCCAGAAUCUGCUCCGCAAGAAGCCAUCCCCUGCUCGGGAGCCCAGGUCUUGCUCGGAGGCUGCCCCGUGUCUUUCCACCCAAUGCAGUAGAAAAGGAGCCCUGCCGGCCUCAACGACUGAAGAUGGCUAGAGAAGGGCGAGGUGAGCGGGGUGUGACGAGUCUUCGCAGAGAGCAGUAGGAAAGAAGAGGCGAGAGAGAGAACCAAAGGCAGGUGAUAGAGAGAGAGAGAGACAGAAAGCAGUGAUCUAAAUGCAGCCAGCCGCGCUAGGACAAUGCCAGCCUUCAGCAUUAGACGCAGAUGUUACAGCUGUGCUGGGUGCGGAGGGGCCGGGCCCUCCUGGGCCGCCGGCGCCUCUGGCUGCUCCGUGCUGCCCGGCACCGCUCUCAGCACGUUGACUACAAGCCCAUCCGCAAGGUCAUGGUGGCCAAUAGAGGGGAGAUCGCCAUCCGCGUGUUCCGGGCAUGCACAGAGCUGGGCAUCCGCACGGUGGCCGUGUACUCGGAGCAGGAUACGGGGCAAAUGCACCGACAGAAGGCGGACGAGGCGUAUCUCAUCGGGCGGGGGCUGCCACCCGUGCAGGCCUAUCUCCACAUCCCUGACAUCAUCCAGGUGGCCAAGGAGAAUGAGGUGGAUGCGGUGCAUCCUGGCUAUGGGUUCCUCUCAGAGCGCGCAGAUUUUGCCCAGGCCUGUGCUGAGGCUGGAGUACGCUUCAUUGGGCCGUCCCCUGAGGUUGUGCGCAAGAUGGGCGACAAGGUGGAGGCGCGCACUAUUGCUAUUGCUGCAGGGGUUCCUGUGGUGCCAGGUACGGAUGCGCCUAUCACAUCGCUGACUGAGGCCCAUGAGUUCUCCAACAGCUAUGGCUUCCCCAUCAUCUUCAAGGCAGCGUUCGGUGGUGGUGGCCGGGGCAUGAGGGUCGUCCGGACCUAUGAGGAGCUGGAGGAGAACUACACUCGUGCCUUCUCGGAGGCACUGGCUGCCUUUGGCAAUGGGGCGCUCUUUGUGGAGAAGUUCAUCGAGAAGCCACGGCACAUUGAGGUCCAGAUCCUGGGGGACAAUUAUGGCAAUGUGGUACACCUCUAUGAGCGCGACUGCUCCAUCCAGCGGCGCCACCAGAAAGUUGUAGAGAUCGCGCCAGCGGCUCACCUGGACCCCCAGCUUCGUGCCCGCCUCACCCAUGAUGCUGUGCGCCUGGCCAAGCAGGUGGGAUACGAGAACGCUGGCACAGUGGAAUUCCUGGUGGACAAACACGGCAAACACUAUUUCAUCGAGGUCAACUCCCGUCUCCAGGUGGAGCACACAGUCACCGAGGAGAUCACCAAUGUGGACCUGGUCCACGCCCAGAUCCGUGUGGCUGAGGGGCGGAGCCUGCCUGACUUGGGCCUGCGCCAGGAGCUAAUUCGCAUCAAUGGCUGCGCCAUACAGUGCCGCGUCACCACCGAGGACCCUGCCCGUGGCUUCCAGCCUGACACCGGCCGUAUUGAGGUCUUCCGCAGUGGUGAAGGCAUGGGGAUCCGCUUGGACAGCGCCUCAGCCUUCCAGGGCGCCGUGAUCUCGCCCCACUACGACUCUCUGCUGGUCAAGGUCAUCGCCCACGGCAAGGACCACCCCACGGCUGCCUCCAAGCUCAGCCGGGCCUUGGCCGAGUUCCGCAUCCGUGGUGUCAAGACCAACAUCCCCUUCCUGCAGAAUGUUCUGAGCAACGGGCAGUUUCUGCGGGGCACGGUGGACACGCAGUUCAUCGACGAGCACCCCGAGCUCUUCAACCUGCGCCCGGGCCAGAACCGAGCCCAGAAGCUGCUGCACUACCUGGGUCACGUGAUGGUGAACGGCCCGACCACGCCCCUGCCCGUCAAAGCCCGGCCCUCGCCCGUGGACCCCAUGGAGCCCACCGUGCCCAUGGGGCCGCCCCCCUCGGGGCUGCGGGACGUGCUGCUGCGCGAGGGCCCUGAGGGCUUUGCACGGGCAGUGCGGGAGCAUCGGGGGCUGCUGCUCAUGGACACGACCUUCCGUGACGCGCACCAGUCACUGCUGGCCACACGCGUGCGCACCCGCGACCUUAAGCGUGUUGCCCCCUUCGUGGCCCACAGCUUCAGCCGCCUCUUCAGCAUCGAGAAUUGGGGUGGCGCCACCUUUGAUGUGGCCAUGCGCUUCCUGUACGAGUGCCCAUGGCAGCGGCUGCAGGAGCUGCGGGAGCUGAUCCCCAACAUCCCCUUCCAGAUGCUGCUGCGUGGUGCCAACGCCGUGGGCUACACCAACUACCCUGACAACGCUGUCUUCAGGUUCUGCGAGGCGGCCAAAGAGAAUGGCAUGGACAUCUUCCGCGUCUUUGACUCCCUCAACUACCUGCCCAACAUGGUGCUGGGCAUGGAGGCGGCCGGGCGCGCAGGUGGUGUCGUGGAAGCCGCCAUCUCCUACACGGGUGACGUGGCCGAUCCCUCCCGCACCAAGUACACACUGAACUACUACCUGCAGCUGGCUGACCAGCUCGUCAAGGCCGGCACCCACAUCCUCUGCAUCAAGGACAUGGCGGGGCUGCUGAAGCCACAGGCCUCGGAGCUGCUGGUAGGGGCACUGCGGGCACGGUUCCCGACGCUGCCGCUGCAUGUGCACACCCAUGACACAUCAGGAGCGGGGGUGGCAGCGCUGCUGGCAGCUGCGAAUGCUGGCGCCGACGUGGUGGACGUGGCUGUGGACGCCAUGUCGGGGAUGACAUCGCAGCCCAGCAUGGGUGCCAUGGUGGCCUGCACCCGUGGCACUGCCCUUGACACAGGGCUCCCGCUGGAGCGGGUGUUCGACUACAGCGAGUACUGGGAGGCGGCGCGCGGGCUGUACGCGCCCUUCGACUGCACGGCCACCAUGAAGUCGGGCAACGCGGACGUGUACGAGAACGAGAUCCCGGGCGGGCAGUACACCAACCUGCACUUCCAGGCCCACAGCAUGGGGCUGGGCAACAAGUUCAAGCAGGUCAAGAAGGCCUACGUGGAAGCCAACCAGAUCCUGGGCGACCUCAUCAAGGUGACGCCGUCGUCGAAGAUCGUGGGGGACCUGGCGCAGUUCAUGGUGCAGAACGGGCUGUCGCGGGCCGACGUGGAGGCGCAGGCCGAGGACCUGUCCUUCCCCCUCUCCGUGGUCGAGUUCCUGCAGGGCCACAUUGGCAUCCCCCAUGGCGGCUUCCCCGAGCCCUUCCGCUCCAAGGUGCUGAAGGAUCUGCCCCGGGUGGAGGGGCGCCCGGGGGCCUCGCUGGCCCCCCUGGACUUUGAGGCACUGGAGGCAGAGCUGCGGAGUCGCCAUGGCGAUGACAUCACCCCCGAGGACGUGCUGUCUGCCGCCAUGUACCCACAGGUCUUUGAGGAGUUCAAGGCCUUCACAGCCAACUUCGGCCCCGUUGAGUGCCUUGACACCCGCCUCUUCCUCGAGGGGCCCAAGAUCGCUGAGGAGUUCGAGGUGGAGCUGGAGCGGGGCAAGACGCUGCACAUCAAGGCGCUGGCGCUGGGUGACCUGGCGCGGGGCGGGCAGCGCGAGGUCUUCUUCGAGCUAAACGGGCAGCUGCGCUCCAUCCUCGUCAAGGACACGCGGGCCAUGAAGGAGAUGCACUUCCACCCCAAGGCGCUGAAGGACGUGAAGGGGCAGGUCGGGGCACCAAUGCCAGGCAAGGUGGUGGACAUCAAGGUGGCGCCAGGGCAGGUGGUGGCCAAGGGGCAGCCCCUGUGCGUGCUCAGCGCCAUGAAGAUGGAGACAGUUGUCAACUGCCCGGUCGCUGGCACCGUCAAGGCUGUGCAUGUUCAGCCUGACAUGAGCCUCGAGGGCGAUGACCUCAUCCUGGAGAUUGAGUAAGGGGGCGGGGCUUCACCCCCCAACCCCUGCUGACCCUGCCCCCAUCCUGGACAGAGACCCCCCCCACCCCGCUCCCUUCAUGCAUUGCUGUCACUUUAAGGGCAGGCCCCGCCCACUCCUAACCCCUUUGCUGCUGGCUUCUCCCCUCACUCCUGCAACCGCAGAGUCUGUGUGUGUGUGGUGGUUGGGGGGGGGGGGUUCCCUUGCAAGAAAUGGGGGCACAUCAGAGGGCAGCCCGGCCCCUUGUCAUCAAAGCCCCCCCUUUGUACCCCCGCCAGGGGCUGCUGUUACCCCCCACCCAUGCCCUGGGGUGGAGACUGACCUGCCUCCACCUGGUGUCCUGGGCUCCCCAGUAACGACAGGCCUUGGUGGGGAGGGGGGGCAGCGGGGGACUCCACCCCACCCAUUUCCAUGCUGCCUUAGGUGGGGGUUGUCCCCAGCCUGGGAGGGAGGGGGCGGC